AUGGUGUGUACAAAAUACAAUAAAAUUUUAACCUUUUAUCAUUAUAAUCCAAUUGCAAUUACACAAGGAAUGGAGAAAUUCUUUCCAAAUAUCCAUACCCAACAUCAUUACCAUCGAGAUGAUGUUGUGUUGAAUGUAGGUUUUCAUCUGUGUGAAUAUGAAAUGUCUAUUGAUGAAUAUAAUGAGAUUCAAAAAAGAAGUGGAGAGUGGAAAUGUUUACAAGUAAAGAACAGAGAAGGAUAUUUAAAACCAAGUGAAUUUCAUGUUGUUAACAUUAUUGAUCAAAACUUGUUAUUAGAAGAAAGACAUGUGAAAUUUGAUUUUUCUAUAGUUAGAGAAAUAAGAGAUGGAUUUCACUUUCCUAUGAGAACAAAAGAGGUUGUUCUAUCAACUCAACUCAAAACACUUCCAGACAGAUGUUUUAUGAACUGCUUUGCAUUGAAAGAAAUAGACUUGAAGAAUAUACAGAAGAUUGGUGAUAAUUGUUUUAGUAUGUGCUCUCAACUUACAUCAUUGACAAUUUCAUCAUUCCUGACUGAGAUAGGGAGAGAUAGUUUUAAGAUGUGUGAUUCUAUUCAACAUAUUUCUAAUACUGGAAAUAAAAUAAUACCAACAAGAAUGGAUUAUCAAUUGUCACAAGUCUUUGAAGAGGCUGGUAUAAUUAUUACUGAAAAACGAAUGAGUAAAGUUGACAUUCAACAAAAUGAUUGGAAGUUAUGUAGUGGGUGUGUUGAAAUAGGAGAUGGGAGUUUUGAGACAAGCACAAUUGAGUCAAUUGAUCUGAGCGAAGUUGAAAAGAUUGGAAAUCAUUGUUUCUUUUGUUGUAACAACUUGAGCAAAGUCAUAUUUAGUGAUAAAAUCACUUCCAUAGGUGAAUGGUCAUUCUGUGAGUGUCCAAGACUUUCAAUAAUUGAGUAUAACAGUCAAACCCCAUUGAAGACACAAAUCCCACAUUUUAUUCGAGCACUGAUUCAUAACCAUCAAAAGGUUUGUUCUAGCAAAGACUGUUAUUGUAAAGAAGACCAAAUUCAGUAUCAAGGAUCAAUACCAGAUGGUGUUGAAGUAAUUGAAAAGAAUGUAUUUAUGAGAGAAUAUUCAAUUAGAGAAAUCAAUAUCCCAUCCACAGUCACAGAAAUAAAGUCUAUGGCAUUUCAAUACAUGGAUAGUCUUACUUCAAUCACAUUAUCCAAACAACUAAUGAAGUUACCAAAUUACUUUCUUAGAGGGUGUAGAAGCAUUGAACUGAUUGAUACAAAAAAUGUCGAAGAAAUAUCAAAAGGAUGUUUUGAUGAUUGUCUUGAAUUAACCAGAAUAAAGAUUUCAAAUAACCUUCAUUCUAUCUCACCAAAGUCUUUUCUUAAUUGCUCUAAGUUAAUGAAAAUAGAUGUACAAGGACUGCAAGAAAUGAAAGGUAAAAUAAGAUAUAAGAUAUAUUCAUUACUGAAAGAGGAAGGUGUUGUUUGUGAUAAUUGCUGCUUAAUUCAUGAUGAUAUUAAUGAAGAGGAAGAAAAUUUCAAUAUCCAAGAAGGAGUAACAAGAAUAGCUUCAUACUGUUUCAAUAGUAUGAAUAUCAAGAAGAUUUCUAUACCAAAAAGUGUGAGAGUGAUUGAAAAAAAUGCUAUUUACAAUUGUACAAUAGCUCAAAUGGAAGUGAGUGAUGUUAAUAAAAUUGAGUAUGAAAAGGGUUGUUUUAAUGGAACUGAAAUACAAAAUAAAACAUUCUCUGAAGAGUGUUUUAAUGAUUAUGAUGACUUAUAUUUCAUUGAACAAUUUAAUGAUGGAAUGAAUUAA